CUUUUAUGGAGACAUGCAUGACCCCUUGGGGAAAACAUGGAGUGGUGGCUCCCAUCAUGGAACAGUGAAGCCGAACACUGUUUGAGUCUGCUCUGUCUGUUCCCAAUCAUGGAAAUUGCCUGUAAGGCCGCGCAGGCCACAUUAAAGAGUGAUUGAGGAGAUGACCACACCCAGCUCUUUGGGUCCCUUUCUCUCUUUAUCCCCAUCCCAAAUGAGGACACUUUCAGUCAACCCUCUUGGCCUUGAAUAUGCUUUCCCACGAUGACCACAAGAAAAACCGAAUAUCACUUUCAUCUCAUCCAUCAGUGCCCACCAACAACAGUAACAACAACCCGGCAAUUUAUUAAGUCGAGGAGUUUUUGGCUUUGCCAUUUUCAGGCCUCACUCACCACAAUCGCAUGGCUUCUUCUUCUGGGAUUAUUGCCACCCUUUUACUUGUUCUUGCUCUACACAGUUCUUGGGUCCUUCUCUCUUUUGCUUCCCGAAAUGUUUACAUUGUGUAUAUGGGAGAAAGACAGCAUGAAGAGCCUGACCUGGUUUCUGAGUCUCACCAUGAGAUUCUGUCAAAUGUGUUUGGAAGAUAUCCCUGGCGUUGUUCAUGUCAUCCCAAACAGAGUUCUUAAUUUGCAUACGACUAGAAGUUGGAAUUUUCUGCAAGUAAACUCUCAUAUUAGCAAUGGAAUUCUUUCAAGGAGUCAAUCGGGCGCUGGGUCUAUUAUUGGAAUCAUUGACACUGGAAUUUGGCCCGAGUCUGUAAGCUUCAGAGAUGAUGGUAUGGGAGACGUCCCAUCUCGUUGGAGAGGAAUAUGUCAAGAAGGAGAAAGGUUCAAUCGCUCCCACUGUAACAGGAAAAUAAUUGGUGCACGGUGGUAUAUUAAAGGAUAUGAAGCUGAAUUCGGAAAUCUAAGUACAAGUGAUGGAUUUGAAUUUCGGUCUCCCCGAGAUGCUGAAGGACAUGGUACUCAUACAGCAUCUACUGCAGCUGGUGCUUCAAUAGAAAAUGCAAGCUUUAUGGGAUUAGCUGCGGGAUUGGCUAGAGGAGGUGCUCCAUCAGCUAGGUUAGCUGUCUACAAAGUUUGUUGGGGUACUGGCAGCUGCAGCUCAGCAGACCUACUAGCUGCAUUUGAUGAUGCAAUCUUUGAUGGUGUAGAUGUGCUGUCAGCAUCUCUUGGUUCUCCACCUCCACUUCCUUCUUAUGUUAAGGAUGUUGUGUCCAUUGGUUCUUUCCAUGCUGUAGCUAAAGGAAUCUCUGUUAUAUGCUCUGCUGGAAAUUCUGGUCCAUACCCUCAAACUGUCAUAAAUUCUGCUCCCUGGAUUUUCACUGUUGCAGCAAGCACUAUUGAUCGGGCUUUUCCUACUGCGAUUACCCUGGGAAACAAUCAAACUGUUGUGGGUCAGGCUUUGUAUACAGGGAUGGAUACGAACAAGUUCUAUCCUCUUGUGUAUGGAGGUGACAUUGCCUCUAUUGAUGCAGAUGAAGACAGUGCCGGGAAUUGUGACUCAGGAACUCUAAAUGAUACUUUAGCAAGUGGAAAGAUGAUUCUUUGUUUCCAAUCUCGAACACAGAGGUUAGCUAUUACUGCAAUCAGAACAGUGAUGAAGGUUAAGGGUGCUGGUCUCAUUUUUGCUCAGUUUCCUAGCAAGGAUGUUUCUUUGUCCUCGGGUAGGCUACCAUGUGUCCAAGUUGACUUUGCAAUUGGCACAUAUCUGCUAACAUACAUAGGAGCAACCAGAAAUCCCCUAGUCAAGUUCAAUCCAACGAAAACACAAGUGGGACAACAGAUAUCUCCAGAAGUGGCAUUCUUCUCUUCCCGAGGACCCAAUUCUCUCUCUCCUUCCAUAUUGAAGCCUGAUAUUACUGCUCCUGGUGUUAAUAUUUUAGCCUCCUGGUCCCCUGCUCGUUCCCCAUCCAAAUCUCCAGAUACCUUCAAAAUUGAAUCAGGAACCUCCAUGUCUUGUCCCCACAUAUCUGGUAUUGUUGCUCUGCUUAAAGCUAUCCAUCCAACAUGGAGUCCUGCUGCAAUAAAAUCUGCCCUGGUUACAACAGCUUCUCUAGAGGAUGAAUAUGCUCAAAGUAUUGUGGCUGAGGGAGCUCCUCACAAGCAGGCUGAUCCGUUUGACUAUGGUGGCGGUCAUGUGGAUCCUAACAAAGCCAUAUCCCCAGGUCUCAUAUAUGAUAUAGAAUCCUCGGAUUACAUCCAUUUUCUUUGCUCCAUGGGCUAUAACAACACAGCCAUCAGCUUAGUGGCUGGGACUAAAAUCACAUGCCAAAAAUCGACCAAAUUCAUUGUAAAUCUUAACCUGCCUUCCAUCACCAUUCAUGAGCUGAAGCAGAGUAUGACAGUAUCAAGAAGAGUUACAAAUGUCGGUCCGGUUAAUUCUGUCUACUUUGCUCGUGUUCAAGCACCAGCCGGUGUGUCUGUGAAAGUUAAGCCAUCAGUUUUGUCAUUCAAUUCUACUGUGAAGAAGCUGGAGUUCAAAGUUAUCUUUUGUUCCCUACUAAGAGUUCAAGGAAGAUUCACUUUCGGAAAUCUGUUCUGGGAAGAUGGUUUGCAUGUAGUGAGAAUACCACUGGUAGUUCGAACUGUCCUUGAUGAUCUUUAUGCAGACGCAUGAUGAAUUGCCAUUUUAAUUUAAAUACCUGAUCUAGACCAUUCAUAUUUGUAAUUUUAAAUGUAUCCCUAUGAAUCAAUGGUUUAUGGUCAUAACUUAUGUAUCGCCUGUUGCUACAUUCCUUGUUUUUUCCCACGUGGAAUUUCCAAAUUUCUAUGUUUCUAUGUUUAUUUUAUCCAAACACGGGAAUUGGUUC